UGAUAAUGUGAGACAAACAUGAAUUUUGGGGGAAGUUCCAUUAAAAUUAGUAGCGAAGAUCUUAAAUCUAUUGAUGCAUACGAAGAGUAUAGACGAAUUGUGGGCGAUGAUGACAAUGGAAAACUUUUCACACCCAAGCAAUAUGAAGCUUACAAGAACAAAUACUUACCAUUGAGAAGUCAAAACAGAAUUUUUGUGUCUUGGACAAAUCCAAAUGGAGUGGAUUGCAUACUUGCCGGUCCACAAAGUGAAUGUUUCUGCCAACACCGGCUUAUACAACAUAAGACAGAUUUCGAGACAAUACCUACAGAACGUCCUAUACAGUUACCAUGUAAACAUUGCAGAUGUUUGAGUUUUCAUGUGAUGCCAAAAUUCGGGAGCCAAAUUGCACGAUGUCAUUGUAAACAUUAUGCGACCGAUCACAGUGUGGUAACACCUUAUUUUUGUUCAAAAUCCGAUUGCAAUUGUAAUGGUUUCAGAACAAGUAUGCGAUGUGACUGUGGUAUCGAGUUACAUAAACAUGAAAUGAUUAUGGAAACUGCCGAAGAACGUCAUAGUAGAGGUAAACCAAUAGGUCAGACAUCACCAUAUCAAGCUAUGGGUGGACUAACUGGAUUUAGUUCACUUGCACCUGGUAUAACACGUAUGGAUACAAGCGGUGCAGGCAAAUUAUUAUCAGAGGAAGAAAUGAAUAAGUCAAUUACAUCUGUAGAUAAUCCAUUUCUCCGUAGUCAUGCACAAGGAGUUUUUAAUUAUAAGUUAGCAGUUAAUGAUACGAACGGCGCUGAACGUGAACGUCAUGAAGUUGAGUCACAGAUGCGUCGUCCAGGAGAAUUAGAAUUAGAUUAUUAUGAACGUCGUUAUCAAGAAAGACCUCGUUCGUUGCACAGUACGUGGGAAACGCAUCGAAGAUAUUUAUGAUCAUUAUCCUGCAAUAUACGCAAGUCCCCUACCUUCAUAGGUUAUUUACACAACCAGAGUUAUAGAUGGUGGAAUGUCGUGCCGAAUACUCCCCCUUUGGUUAAUGAAUGGACAACUCUCCUUCAGCACAAGUGACAAAAGUAGACAAAGGCCAAGACAGCUUUCCGAAUCCGUGCUAAGAUUUCGUCAGACACCAAUGUUCCAACACUGAUGAGACUUCCAAUGUAAGUGAAGAGGUUGAUACACUCGGUAGACUACAAUUUUGCUAAAUAGUUGCUUAACAGAUCAAAGCUGUUUUAUGACCCAUUUAUACAAGCAAAGAUGGUCAAGUUCGGUUCUGAAUAUCAACAGCGGGUUGGAAUGUCAGUCUGGAAUUAAAGAACAUUCAGCUAACGGGUCUUAAACAAUCCAAAACAUGUGUCCUGAAUCCUACUGUGUAAAAAAUAUCAUAGACUUUUAAUUACAGGUAAAAUCAAUUAAUUCUCUCAAAGUGCCCAUAUGCUAUUAUUUACUUAUUACUUUAGUUGAACACAUAAAUAUUGGUACAAAGCGGUACCGAAUACAUAUGUGCCACACAAAUCACUUGAUUUGAGUGUGGACUGUGAUACUGCCUGAGUGCCUAGACCGAAGCAGGUGGUUUUCUUAAGCCUCCACACUCGGAUCCUUCGACCUAAUGGUCUUGUAGUGUCGGUUAUUGUGUUAAGCCCAUAUAUCUUAUUCUAGAUUUCUGACAAGCCAAUCUAUUCAUCCUUUUUGAGUCACAUUUUGACCUUGCUAAUUAUUCGCUUAACAACAUUGACUGUUUUCAUAUGACCGUAUGUGUAGACUUCUUAUCCUAUGCAUCAAAUGUCUGUAGCCUAUUUUUGUGUGACUAUAAAUAUUGAUUAACGCUUGACUAAAUGGAGUUGUCUCAUAUGCCUUCUUCACUGCGCAUCGUUUCGCUUCGCUUCA